GCGCGCGCGCGCGUGCGUCCGUCCGGCAGAGACACUCGGAGGCUGGAGAGAGACAUAAGAAACCCGUUUGACGAGCUCAACAACAGAGACUGUGUGAAACAGCAGGCCCCUAAACGUGGGCGCCGGGUCACAAUGCUCCUCUGUGCCCCCUGACGUAUGGCAUCCUGGCAAUGAUGUGGCCCUGGAAAGUUCUCCGUGCCAAAGGCCUUCCAAUCUUCCAAAUUCCCAGAUGGCGUCCUAUGUGGCUCAUGCUUGAUUGUCGGCUUACAAAACGCUGAAAGUGAGACGCCUCCAAGAUCACAGGUACUUGUACAACCACUGCCCGGGCCCGGAGUGGAGCGUCAUGUGCAGGGGCUGCUGUGAGUAUGACAUCAUCCGCUGUAAAUGCCCACUCCAGGGGACACCGGUGGGCUAUGCUGUGCCCUGCUGUCGCAACGCCAUCAACGAGUGUGACCCCUGCAUCAUCCAUCCAGGUUGCAGUGUAUUUGAGAACUGUAAGCGCUGCAACAAUGGGACGUGGGGCCCGAGGGAUGACUUCUUCAUUAGUGGCAAAUACUGCGCCGAGUGUCGACCCGGCUGGUCCGGUGGAGAUUGCAUGAAGUGUGGGGGAAUAAUCCGUAAACGACAGGGCCACUUGGUGCUGGAGAGUUACCCAAACAAUGCUCGGUGUGAGUGGACCAUACAGGUGGACCGUCCCUUUACCAUAGACCUCAGGUUUAUGAUGAUGAGUCUGGAGUUUCACCAUUCUUGUCGAUAUGACUUUGUGGAGGUCCGAGAUGGUGACAGCAUCAACUCACGUGUCAUCGGUCGACUUUGUGGGAGCAACAGACCCGCCCUGAUUCAGAGCUCCGGCAACAGUUUGCACAUACUCUUUGUGUCUGAUGGUUUCAAGAAUUUCGAUGGAUUCUUUGCCACUUUUCAGGAGAGCUCAGCUUGCAGCUCCUCCCCUUGCCUGCAUGAUGGGACUUGUAUCCUGGACAGUUCUUACUCUUACCACUGUGCUUGUCUGGCUGGCUACACAGGCAAGAGGUGUGAAGAUGUGGUGGGAUGCCGCAGGCCUCCCGUGCCCGCCCAUGGAUCCACGAAGGGUGUGUUUCACCACUCAGGGGCACGCAUCACUUUCCAUUGCGACACUGGGUUUGAGCUGCGAGGGUUUCGCACCGCCAUCUGUCUGCGCGACGGCACCUGGAGUGCGCCCGUCCCAGAGUGUGUGCCAGUGGAAAGAGUCUGUGCUCUACCACCCAAGCCAACACACGGCGACCACUUCUUGGUUUAUGGACCCAAUGAUGUCCUGAUUGCACUACAGUACCUUUGCUACCAGCCCUAUGAACUCAGUGGCACUUCCCAGAGAACCUGCCUCCCCAACAACACCUGGAGUGGGACUCGUCCUGUUUGCACCAAAGUGAAUAACACCCUCACUGAGAGAGAAAAGGACAAAGACACGGCAAAAGAGAUGGAAACCGGCAAAGACAAAGAAAUAUACAGUGAAAAAGACACGAACAAAACUGAAGAAAGGGGUCAAGACAACACAACUGGAGAAGAAGAAAGUGUUGGAGGGAAAGAUAUAAAUACCGGGCAUGAGAAUACAACAGCAGUCGACAGAGAUGAUGAAUAUACUAGAACCAUUCCAGAGAAACCUGUGGCAGAGGAUAGGAAUGAAGGAGAGCUAGAGGAAAGAAAUACUGGGUCACAGAAACCUGCCGGAGGCAGCAGAGAUAAGUUGGAUAGUAAAGACCCAGAUAACAGCCUGAACACAGUUGAAAGGGAGGAACCUGAGGAAGCAAAGCCGCCUGAGAAAAAAGGAGGCAGCCCAGACGUAAACCUGGGAACAGGAAAGACAGAUAUCACCAAAACAGUCGUAAUAAAAGACAAAGGACAAGAAGAGAAGGAAAGAAAAGAGGAGCAAGUGAAUGGAAAAAGAGAGGGGGACAAAGUGGGCCCUAAUGACACCAAGGUGAGGACGGUCAUAUCCGAGGGUGAAAACACAGUUGAGAUAUUUGAACUGGAGAUGACAAAGAACAACACGGUGACAUCUGAUAAAAGCGACUCAAAGAAAGAAAAUAAUAAUAAUACCAUAAGUUCUGCAGAUCCCGGGAGGAAGAUCAUUCCCACCAGAGUCAACAAUACACAGUACACACUGUACAGGGCAGGAGGCGAGGAAAAUGGGAAACCAAGGGAAAAACCAACAGUUGAAGAGGAUAAGACAGAGAGGAAACCUGCUGAGAAAACAAACGAGGAGCUGGAUAGAGAAGAGGAGAAAGAAAAGGAGAGAGAGGUCAACCAAAGCUUCCCUGAGAAAAGCUGCCCUCCUCUGCCUCGCCUGUACCACGGCUACCAGCAGGUGGCGCCAGGGUCGGAGCCUGAAGCAGUCCAGUUCUUCUGUAACCACUCGUACGCUCUCAGUGGUGAUGCCCGACGUACCUGCCAGCCAGAUGGUACCUGGAGUGGAGAACAACCCCUGUGCCGCAGAGCAUGUCGGGAGCCCAAAGUGUCCGAGCUGGUUAAACAGAGAGUUCUGCCUCCUCGGACACCGUCCAGAAAGACGCCGGUGCUCAAGCUCUACUCCUCCAUACUUGGCCCACAGCUGCAGUAUGACGGCCCUACUAAAAGCCCACCGGUGCUCCCUCAGUUGCCCCCGGGCUUCCACCACCUCUACACACACAUAGAGUACGAGUGUGCUUCUCCGUUCUACCACCACUCCGGCAGUCCUCGUCGCACUUGCUUAAAGACGGGGAAAUGGAGUGGGCGUCAUGUCUCCUGCUCACCAGUGUGUGGGAAGCAUCCAACCUUUGACCGCGAGAGGCCAGCGGAGGCUCACUGGCCUUGGCUGGCAGCCAUCUACCGCCGCUCAACCAAUGGCAUAAAGACCAAGGUGACCAAGGCAGACAGCCUGGCAGGGUCGCCGAAGAAGGAUGGCAGGGCAGGAACUGGAAACCACAAUCAGGCUUCUGACUGGCAGCUGGUGUGCAGCGGGGCUCUGGUGAACCAAAGGAGUGUGGUGGUGGCGGCUCACUGUGUGACAGAGCUAGGGAAGGUGUAUCCUCUGGUUGCAGCCAAGAUCAAAGUGGUGGUGGGGAAGCAUUAUCGCGAUGACAGCAGGGAAAGUAAAGGUCUCCAACACCUGAGGGCGGCCUCCGUUGUAGUUCAUCCAAACUACGACCCCAAUAUCCUUGACUCUGACAUCGCCGUGGUGAAGUUACUGGACAAGGCGAGGGUUGGCGAGAAGGUCCUGCCCCUGUGCUUCUCAGAAAGCCAGAGAGAAGAGGUGAGCUCUGGACACGGGCUCGUGACAGGCUGGUCCCCGCUGGCCGACUCGAGUUUAGGCGCUGAUGAGAGGGCGAGGGUUGGACUCGUUCACCUCGCCGACGUGGUCCCGUGUGAGCAGCAGUACGCUCGCAACGGCGUGCCGGUCAGCGUCACAGAAAAUAUGCUGUGCGCCAGCCAGAAGCCCGACUAUGGACUCUCCAACAUUUGUCCCUCUGACACUGGGGGAGUCCUCGUUCUCCCUGCCCUCUCUGACGACACGGCCAGUAACAACCAGAAGGCCUCUCUCAGCUUCACACAGGUGCAGGGGGCGGGCAAAGGGCUGUGGAGACUCCUGGGAUUGGUCAGCUUCGGUUAUGACCAAGGGGAUUGUGAUCCUAAACUCUACACGGUUUACACACGUGUAGCCAACUUCAAAGACUGGAUAGAGAGCAAUAUGAAAUAAAAUCGCCAGGUUCCCCCUCCAUUCCCAUUACACUUCUAAAAUAUUUAAACUGUCCUCUCCCUUACGUUUGUCCAAUUUCACUCUAUUCCUCCUUUCUAAUCUUCUUUUUUUUUUGGUCUUGUGCACAAGGGCAUUUUCUUAUCAAAUGCAGAAGCAACACUGGACAACACAGUGCUCUAACUGAAGGGGGUGCUGACGCAUUAGAUGUGCUGGGCAUCAACCUUUUCCCUGAGAAGACCUCAGCGUCCAGGUCCCUCAACCUGAGGUUACAGACUUAAAAAAAUGACCAGAAGACCAUUUCAAGGCCUCUGGCUGACGAUGGUUUGUAUUGUACUCAACGGUAUAUGUAUAUAAAUGUUACUGAAUUAUUCUAACUGUUCAUAUGACUCAAGAGAUGUACAUAUUGUAUUGAGAGACUCUACAAUUUUUGACGUUUUUGAUGAAAGAAAAUGCUGUUGUAUGUAUGCACAAAUGCAUUCAACGUAAAAAAAAAAAAAAGGGACAGAAUUUAAAUCAUUACAUUGACGUGAUGUGAAAGGAAACACCUCACAUUUGCUCCGUGGAGCACACACUGGGCCUUGUGUUGUGAAGCAAACGAAUCCAGGUCAGAGCAGAACACAACCAUAAACGGAGCACAUUAUUCACAGAUCAAUUCUCUCUUCUGCGCUCAAAUUAAAUCAAUUACUUCCAUUCUGACCCUCCUCCAUUAUUCACGAGCGAGUUUACAUAGAUGGAGGCGCUGCAUCUUAUAUUGACUUCCAAAAGGGGGCAAUAAAAAAUAUAUAUAUUUCUCUGUUUGGGAGCAUCCAUGGAAAAGCUCGGCUUGGGUUGUUGGUUAAUUUGUUCAAAACACUUUACAUCAGUAGUAUAUCAGUGAUUAAAAUAAGACUUUUCUUCAAAUGGUUAUGAGACUGGUGAAAUCUGUCAAUUAGAUUCAAAGGAAAUAAGAGAAAUCACAACGAAAUAAAACAGAAUUGAAUACUCAAACGGUGACGAGACAUAUUAUAGCCGGAGAAAUAAAAAUUGGGGUGCAAUGAUUUUAAAAAUUACUAAAUCUGCCAGCUUCAGGCAAGAAAAUCCAAAGAUGACGUUUCCUGGGCAUUUACAUCAGGAUUGUGAUUCAGGAACAGUCAUACGAACCCUGUAUGAAGAUCUGUUCUCCGGCUCAUAGAAUACAAGAAAUCAGCAAUAAGCGUCAGCUAAUGAAGACCUUUAAAUUUUAAUUAGUGAAGUCACAAAGCACAUAUCUGAUUUAUCAUCUCUUUAUGUAUGCUGGCUAACAAAUUAUGCAUCCACUAGACAUGGAACAACGUUAGCCCCUCUGAUGGGUCGCCUAGGUUAUUAUUAUUUAUUUUAUUUUUUUUCUAAGGGUGGAGACUGUUGAAUGAAAAGAAAAUUACCAAAAUUAAGUGCUUUUGGAAGCAACAAGAUAAAGCACCAAACAUUUGUAUUACCAGCAAUCCACAUCACAAAGCUUCCGACGUUCCCUAUUCUUCACCCACCUAUAAUCUAUAGUAUUUUGGCAUAACUGGUGGAGACAUAUGAAGCUUUUAAAGUCAUCACAGUUUGUUUUUACAUUUCUGACUACCAUGAUCCAACCUAGAGCAGCUGCAAAGCAAAGGCAGGCCUACACAUUUUAGAAUUUUUGCUCAAACUCGAACCAAAGCUUCCAGUCAACGACUCAAAAAAAAUCCUUCUAUGACUCGGUCAAUAUCAGUUCAUCCCCAGAGUAAACCAAUUUUAUCAAAUCAUCAUGUUUCUUCAGAUAAGAAUUAUGUCAUAAUCCAACUCUUGUAUUGUAGUUCCAUUUCCUUCCCAAACAGCUGAUCUGUUACUUUUGAGAAGAAGAAAAAACGUCAUUUUUAAAUUUUGAUUUAUUAUUUUAAUGAAUGUCUAAUGAAUGAUUGGCCCGGGGCUCUGUAAAACAUUUUUUAACAUCUUACGGGCCUGAGCACGCCUCGACACUUCCCAGAUUUAACAAUUUGACUGUGCUGUCAUAGGCCAUAAAUCUGUAGUGCAGGAGAGGGUUGAUCCAAAUUUUAGGAUGGUUGUCAAGGUUUAUUUACUUUUAUUUUACUACAAUUAAUUGUUGAUGAGGCCUAUUUUACAGCUAUGUUUUUACUAAUGUUUUAUUUUCAUUCACAUUUUACAAGUAUUUCUGAUUAUUUUAAAUAACCCAUCAAUUGUACUUUGUAAGGUCUAUUUCAACACGUAGAAUACUGUCAUUCUUUUCAAAAAACAAAUAUCCGGCUACUUAUUACAAUCGGAGACAAUAUGUUCGGUCACAUUUGAAUGCAACUGCCUCAUUGCCUUUUUUUUGCGCUCCACAGCAACACCCAUCAAAGACUUUCUGUCUUUGCUUCCCCCCCAGUUUACUGAGGCUCAACAACAGCUCAGUAUGGUCCCAUGUUUCCCAGAGGACAGUCUUGUCCACUUGGGGCUGGGAGACCGUCUUGUUCACAGGCCCCGGUUGAGCUCACAGGGCAUCAUCAACAGAAACACGGGCAGCACUUAACCCAAAGCUGACCGGCCUGGGAAUUGUAAUCCGGAGUAAAGUACCUGGAUAAUGAUGAGAAACGGCCACCAUGAGAACUCCGUCGUGCACAAGAGAGGCGGAGGGGUAAAAUACUUAACACCGGACUUAAACAAAAAUGUUUAGGUUUCGGUCCAGUUUCCCAGUUGGGUUCGACGGACCCUCUGUGCUUUGUUCUCGGAGUGAGGAGAAAAGCCCUCCGGACUAAAAUAACUUGGCACCAAGAAUCUGCACACAGCUCCACUGUUGGGCUGCUUUCAGGCAGGCAAUGAAGUCUGGACACUCUCCUGUCCUUUAUACCGGAGGGGCUGCAUGUGAGAACGCAAAUGUUGCUCCGGACAUUUUCUGGAACUUUUUCCUGCCAGAUGUGCGACCGCUGAUGUGAUGUCCUGAAACAUUCCCAUUAAAAGGAUGAACCUGUUGUAAUUCGUUAGUUUCUUGCGGUCGUGGUCCAAACGGGAGACGAGUCUUUAAAAGUAGUGAUUUUUUUUCGGGGACUACUUUCAGCUGCAGUUUGAUGAACUUUUGUUGCACUAGCAAAUAUUUUACGGCAGUAGCACUUUGUAUUUGGGAUUGUCUCAAAAUAAACAGCAGUACCUGUUUUCA